UGCUCCCGGCUGGCGGGAGGGCGCGGGUUGCGGCCUGGACUGUGAUCUUAAAAAGAUGGCUGGAGCUGGGGGGGAAGGCCACCCGGACCGCAGGGUGGCCGCCCGUGGUACGCCUGGGGCGCAGAGCCGGCCGGGACCUAGCAGCGCUGCAGAGCUUAGAUUUACAGUCAGAGAACUGGAGGGGCAGACGGACAGAAUCACCUCCAACCUUCACCCUUUAUGAAUAAUCCAAUUCGCGUGACUGUUGUGUGUGUAUGAUUUUAUUCCACUAGGCGUGAGGUAUUCUGAAAAAUUUCAAAAGCAGACAGUCGUGGUAAUUGUCUACUCCUCGACUGGUGCAGUUAUUUUUGUGAUACUGGUAUUGAACCUUGCGCAUGGUAGGCAGCACUUGCUCUUCCCCAACGCCGUCUACUCGUUCUGAAGUUUUUAUUUCAGUUAGUUGUGUUUUACUUUAGGAAUAAAUGGAGAUAAGUUUCUCACCAAGCCUUACUCCCAGAAAUCCUGAAACAACUUGGCAUCGUUUUCACUUUUGUCUAUUUUUGUGAAAGUACUUAAAUUUCCACCGAGAACAGGCAAUUCACUGGAGGGCAGGCUUUCGACUAUCACACUUAAAUUCUUAAAAUAUGUAGUAUUUACUUAUGAUAGUUUGUGUUAAUAAUGAUGGCUUAUUCCUUAGGUUCACUCCAUAAAGGAGUUAUUACUUGAGACACUUGUAAAUCUUUUGUAUAAGCUAUGAUGGCAUCUACUGGUGAUACGGAGAUCUGUAAGAACCAGGAGGGAGUUUUGAAAAUGAAGAUGGAAGAAGAAUGUAAGUAUACCACCAGACAAGAUUGGAGCCUACAAAAGAACACUUACAACAGAGAAGUCUUCCGAAAGUGCUUCCGACAGUUUUGCUACCAGGAAACAUCUGGACCCCGGGAGGCUUUGGGCCGACUCCGAGAACUUUGCUGUCAGUGGCUGAGACCCGAGACCCACACCAAAGAACAGAUCCUGGAGUUGCUGGUGCUGGAGCAGUUCUUGACCAUCCUGCCUAGGGAGCUGCAGGCCUGGGUGCAGGAGCAGAACCUGGAGAAUGGGGAGGAGGUAGUGACUGUGCUGGAGGAUUUAGAGAGAGAGCUUGAUGAACUAGGAUACCGGGCUUCAACACAAACUGAAGAACAGAAAAUAUUUUUGCAGGAGCUGAAGCCUUUAGGGGCAGAGCUAGAACCCAGUGCGUCCCUUGGACUUGUGAAAGCCAAGCUGGGGUGUGAACCUGCAGAAUGUGAAGCCCGAGAGGAGCAAGUUUCAGGUGUGGAGACUGGAAAUGAGUCCAGGAAUGGAACUCUGAAGCAAGACCUUUCGGAAGGAAUGGAAGCAGAACAGAAUACUUCAAGCAGAUUAGCAAAAGAUGCACUCCAGUGUGAAGAAACCCAUGGCCCUGGAGAGGAGCCUUCUGGAGCUCCCAGGAAGGACAACCGGCUUCUGCAUAAUAAAAAUGGGGCACAUUUGCCUGAGAUCUCAGAACACCGUGCUGAACACCAGAACAUCUGUCCAGGGAGGAAAUUGCAUCGAUGUGAUGACUGCGGAAAAUCUUUCAGUCAGCACUCACGCCUCGUAGAACAUAAAAGGGUCCACACUGGAGACCGGCCCUACAAAUGUGAGCAGUGUGGGAAAACUUUCCGAUGGAGGACUGUGCUCGCUCGACACAAGGUGGUCCACACUGGAGAGAAACCAUACAAGUGUAAUGAGUGUGGCAGGGCCUUUGGCCAGUGGUCAGCUCUCAACCAACAUCAGAGGCUUCACUCAGGAGAAAAGCACUACCACUGUACUGAGUGUGGCAAGGCCUUUUGCCAGAAAGCGGGCCUCUUUCACCAUCUCAAGAGCCACAAAAGGAACAGACCUUGUUAGUGUCUUCAGGGUAAUAAAAGUUUUAAUUGCCAUUCCACACUUACUCAGCACCAAGGAGUUCACACUGGUGCAAAACCCUGUGCAUGCAGUGAGUGUGGGAAAGCUUUUGUUUAUAACUCAUCUCUUGUUACCCAUCAGGAAAUGCACCACAAGGAAAAACCCUUCACUCAAAGUGGUCUUACUCAGCAUCAGAGAAACCACACCAGGGAGAAGCCUUACAUGUGUGAUAUCUGUGGGAAAGCUUUUGUUCAAAACUGAAGUCUUACAGAACAUGAGCAAAUUCCUACUGGAGAGAGAGCCUAUGAAUGUGCUGAGUGUGGGAAGGCCUUUACUCAGAGGUCAGUCCUCAUGAAACAUCAGGGAAUGCACGCUGGGCAGAAACCCCACAAAUGUGAUGAGUGCAAGAAUGCCUUUCCAGGAAGCACUAGCUUCAUUCAGCAUCAGGGAAUCCACACUGGGGAGAAUCCCUACAAAUGUGAUAAGUGUGGCAAGACCUUCAGACAGAGGUCAGGCCUUAGGAAGCACCAGAGAAUUCAUAAUAGAAGUGCUCCCUGUCAGGGUAAGGAGUGUGGGGAAUUGUUCAGGCAGAACUCCACUCAUCAUCAGACUACUCACAAAGGAGCAAAAACUAUUUCUGUGUGAGGACUGCAGGGAACCUAUCUCAGAGUGCAGGACGGCGAGAAAUACUAUAUUUAUAAUGCUCUGUGGCAACCCUUCAGCUGUUGUUACUGUAAGAAGACCAUAAAUAUUUGAUGAGCA